UUAGACUUGUGUGUAGAAAUGUUUCUCCCUCUCAAGAUGUGUUUUGAAAUCCCUCCUGGUCUGUGCACGCAUCCGAACAAAUGUGUCCGUCGCCGGUAGAAAUUGACAGCGGUGGUUGGAGGAGCCAGUUGGUGCACAGCUGCGAGAGAGGAACGAACGAACACUCUCGACUCUAACGUGGCCUCGCCGGAGCCUGUUCAACCCGCAAAUACCACAACCUCGCACAGGAGACUCGCCACUACGGCCUCCUCACCCUCACACUCAACUCGCGCGCGCCGCCCCUGAUGAAGCAAGUUUUGGGGUCUGACAGCGACGCACAGCAAACUCGAUUCUAUGUACGACGCGAUAGGAUUUACAACGGUGAAGUCGAGUCUCUAGCAACUAACAUAUGAGAGGAGAGUCAGGCAACUACCGGCCUUGUGUGUCCCGUACCGAAGGGUGUUUUUGCCUGUGAGGUUCAGUUCACCACGGCCAGUCACCGUUCGUUCUCCCUCUUUCCCUCCCUCCCUCUCUCUCCGUCCCUCUCUCCCUCCCUCGGCCCCUCCCAUCCUCCCUCUGUGGCCCCUCCCUCCCUCCACUCAAGGCAGACUACACCCCAAUAACACCCUUCCGCCUCUGCCACAUAGAGACCUAAAUCCCGCGGCAGCGGUGGGUUGCGUCCCCUCAGGCACCGACCACCAGUAGAGCGGAGGGACUUUCACCCUUGCUGCCCUGCGCGCCAAGACCUAAAAUUGUGGAGUUUGGCGCAGACGCAGAGCCUUUCUAUCACUGGUCGAACAAUAAGUUAGCCAAUGGGACGCGAGUUCAGCCCUCACGCGCGGGUGACUCACAGACCAAAUUGGAAUAACGGCGUUGGUGGUUGCUACGUGAGUCGGACAAAACAUCCGGGUGGUAGACGACUCUAGGCACUAGGUAGAGGCGCAAUAAGGGAGAGUUUACUGUAGCGGUGCUGGGUGGUGCGGGGGCGCUACUACCCAAGUCUAGCAAACAGAGCUGCGAGGAAAACAAGAAAACACUCCACCGAGAAAUAUAGACGAAUCAAAACAAAAGAAAAUCGACAAGAAAAAUUAAUCCAUUCUGCCAUUCCCUCAUUUUAUCCACCUAUCUAUCUCUGUAUCGUUUCGUGUUUGUACUGGGGUUAUGGAGUUAGUUGACAGGUUAUAAUUAUGAGUGGUGGCUGGCGGAGCUUUACUACACUACAGGAUAUCCUCUUUUGAAGUCGCGGGUUUUCGGCUUUCAUUAAGUAUAACUGCACAAAUAUCUCCCUCUCACGCACUUGUUGAGAGGAGUGAAGUGUGUGUGUGUGUGUGUGUGUGUGUGUGUGUGUGUGUGUGUUAGAAAAGAUUUGUUGUUUCCUCCAGGCCAACAGGUGUUAUAGAGGUCAACAUGUGUGUAGGUGUGUGAAGGAAGGCAGAUGUGUUGAGGCAGGUGUGAGUGAGUGAGAGGGGGUGGUGGGUGUGUACUGGAGCCAACAGGUGGUACGGAGAUAGGCCAGCCAGGCAGCAGCAUGUGUGUGGUCACUGUCAGUCGGGGCUCUUCCCUGCCUCCCUCACCAAGUCUUGGGGGUUGAAGUUGGCGCGGCGGCAAGUAUGGCUGUGUGUGUGUGUGUGUGUAGCCACCUGUUACGUCACGGUGAGAGGAGAGCCGCGUGAGGUGUGCAAAACUUGCCAGUGCCUCCUCCGCCGCCCGCUCCGCCCACUAUGAGUGCCAUCAGUCCUUGAGGCGGGCGUGGGCGGCCUCUACACCUACGCAUUAGCCGCCCCUGUCCCUCACGGGGCACUUGACAAUGGGGCUUCCUCGAGCUAGCGGCAAGCGGCGGUGGUGUGGCGACGAUGGCACUGACGAGGUACCAGCCAAGGUGAUGUGUACCUCGCCCCCCCACGCCCUCUGUGCUGAGGACGUGCUACACCACCCCGCCCUCACCCACGCCCAUGCUUCCACGCCCGCCCAAGAGUGUGAGCUGACAAAUCCGGCGGCAGUGUGUGAUGACGCCGAUGGCACCUCUACUGAAGUGACUCAAGAGGACACCAACACUUCUUCUUCUUCUUCUUCCUCCUCCUCUUCCGGGCCUUCCCUCCACGACGACCACGCCUUCACCGACGAUGACGAUGAUGACUCCAUGGAUGAACCUGAGGACUUUAUUGAUGACGAGGAGGACAAGGAUUCAGGUUUUAUUGAUAGUAAUUCAAUAGAUAAUUCUUCUGACGAGGAAGUAGAGAGGAGAGGAGCGCCGUGUGAUCAUUCCUCCUCCACCUGUCCUGACACCUCCACCUCCUCUUCCACCACCACCUCCUCAACCACAACUCCAGCCUCCACAUCCCUCCAAUUGUCUCUGUCACAGGUGCUCCCUCCUUCCACCUCCUCCUCCACCACCUCCUCCUCCACCACCUCCUCCUCCACCACCACCACCACCUCCUCCUCCACCACCUCCUCCACCUUGAGUAUAACCUCCACCAUCUCUCCCUCAACACAGGUCACCACUAUUCUCACCUCCUCUCCUGUCACCAUCCAUACCACCAGUCCUCUGUCACCUGUCACCAUCCUCACCGCCGCCUCACCACUCGCCGUCCACACGUCCACCUCGGCCUCCCACACACUCACUCACACUUCUCCCUCCUCCACCUCCUCCUCGUCGCCGCCGUCAUCUCCACCACCAACGAUUCUCGCUCCAGAGACCACGUCGUUGUUAACCAUCCACACGUCCACCACCACCACCCCGUUGUUGUCACCACCAUCUCCUCCACCACCCUCCACCACCACGUCCUCCACCACCACCACUACGGCUUUCCUCUUGUCUGCGAUGUCCACUACCACCACUACCACGACCACCAGCAGUAGCGGCGCCACCACCAGCGAGGAGCGGCUACCUGGGGCGCUGGUUAGUGACGCCAGCAUCACUACCGUCACGACAGCUCAAACGGCGACAGUAGUGACAAGCGCCUAUCAGGGGGCGCUGUCCUCACCCACCUAUGAGCCCCAUUCCUACCCAUACCCGCCAGACACCUACCCCUCCAGGCCCUCUACUCCGUCAUGGGAGAGCUGCAACUUCUACGACGGCUCACAACCCAACACCAACAAGUACAUGGAGAUCUCACCCACCAAGGCCGGCACCAGUCAGUCUAUACAGUGUGAUGAGAACGGCAAGUCGUAUAUGGAACUGGGCAGCGCCUCCCCCUACACCCACACGUACUCCAGCGACUGUGGGAACUACACCACCUCCCCUUCCAGUUACCCUUCACAGUCGUACAAUCAAACCUACACCAGUCCCAGUUCUUACGGUCAACCCAACACUUACUAUAACUCUAGACAAAGUUAUAGUCCCAAUCCUUACAAUGUCUACCCCAACAGUGAUAACUAUGGUGGCUUUGAGGGGGACACUGGUUGCACCUAUGGGUAUGGUGGAAAUAGUUACGGUGGGACACGGGGUACGUUGCCUCCCUCUCGUGGUCCACCCAGGUGUCUGUCUCCUUACUGUGACCCGACCAGAGGGGGGGCGCGACCCUCCUGCUACCACCAGCAGCGGCUCUCAGUGCUCAAUGUUUCCAUGUACAAAUUGAACAGAUUUCGACAAUUCCCAGACCCCAGCCUUCACCGGUCAGUGCUCAUCUGUAACACCUUGAGACACAUUGAGCGAGAGCUAGAGGCGGAAGGUGUGAGUGUAGCGUCUAUCUUGGCACACUCCCACGCUGCUCACUCUCACCUACAAGGGGCCACACCCAACCCAGGAACUCCGCCAUGCCCAGAGCCCAUGCCGUCCUCCCCGCCAUCAUCUCCUCCACCUUCAGAAGGUCCUCUGCCACCCAUGCACACUCCUCUCGUAGGAUCCCCGCUGGCGGCACCCGUGUCUCCGGCUCCGUCCACACCUGUCACGCCCUCACCUGUUAACCACUACAGUACAGCAGGACCAACUGUGCAGUACCCUACUGCACAGUAUCUGCCUGCUGAACACUCUUCAGCAUAUGACAGCAGAGAAACUGUUCACCUGAGACCUUACCCGAGUUUGCCUCCAAACUCCCACCAUAAUGAUGUAGGUGAGGGACCCUCAGGUGUGGUGGACACCAGGGCAGAACCCGAAGACCCGCCGCCCCCCACCACCCCACGACCUCCACCUCUACCGCCCGAGGAUAGAACCGAUGCUAUCAACUGGUGUUCGGUACUGAGUCUGUCCUCCCAGACUGACCUGGACUCUAUGAACAAUAAUGAGUACGGCGACUGGAGCGGCGAAGGCAGCUCGGACCUGGAUUAUGCUAGGCCAGACGACGCGCCGCCCUGGAAGCUGCCGUCGCUCAGUGCCGACGAUGUGCUCAAGUCUUUUCCCGAAGCCUCUAAAAGACUGGAAGCUACUGAGGACCUCGACUCUAUAAUAAAUGUCUUGGUUGGCUCUUAGCAUUUAGUAUAGGCUAGAUAAUGUUUACUUCAUUCCAAAGGAAUCAGUGUUCAAGUUCUGCCGCCAUGCUGGCAAUAAGUGUACAUCGCAAUCCAGUGCAUUUGUGGACAACCAGACUUUGCUCAACGCCUGGCUGGCACCAGUGGUCCAAAGGUCCAGCAGCCAGUGGCUCCCUGUGUCCCAAGGGUGCCGACGUAGGCCGCCUACCCCAGUAAAGUACAGUGCAGCACAGUACGGUACAGUACCGUACAGUACGGUGCAGCACAGUACAGCACAGACCAGCCGCACAGCAGCACACGGAGGCACAUAUGCUAUACCUCUCACAUCUGGACUGGUUAUGUCGGCAACCCCUUUGAUUAAGGUUACGAAGUGUACCUGCGUAUAAAUACAGUAAUUAAGUUCUCAUUGAUGUAACGGUGGCAAUAUAUAAGGUUCCGUACCACAGUUUUUAGGCAGUGAAAUGCCAGAAUAUUUUUAUGCUUCAUUAUUGAAGAAAUAUCUUAGUGCUGAUUUCCCUUAAGGACAAAAAGGUGCUUAUAUUCAGUUUUAAAAACAGUUAAUGUCGGCCCAACGUACAUCUCGACGUUAACUGGACCUCCAGAGCGUUAACCUGGUGUACGUGAAGCAGACACUGACUGUACAUUAUUUUGAUUGUUCAUUUAUUCAUAAUCUCAAGAGCGGUUGUGUCUUAGUAUGUUUCAGUAUUGACAAUUGUUGAUGAGUCUAAUAAUAACAUGGAGUAAGGCUGUUUUCGCCCACCUACAAGUUCAAAUUGUCUUUUUUUUUAUUAUUAUGUUGAUGAGGUCAGCCCCCAACAGCUGACGUCAUCAUCAACCCCGGCACACUUACGUCGGGGUCUAAACAUGUCACCAUUAUCAAUGAGUUUGUUUGUUUUUAAUUCAUUUUUGGUGCCAAUGGGAAUCUCAGCUUGACCACACCAUCUUAAUGUAAAUUGGAGACUAAAUUUUUCUCAGGAAAUAUUCAAUAUGUUGGACUUUCAAUAUGCUUAGAGAUGGCCUGUUUUGAAAUUACGAGACUGAGAGAUGGCCUUUUUUGAUAUUGAGAUACUUAAGAGAUGGCCUUGUCAAUCAUAAAGAGAUAGAGAGAUGGCCUUUUUGGGUACUGAGAUAUUUAGAGAUGGCCUUUAUAGAUAUUGAGAUAGAGAGAUGGCCCCUUUGGAUAUUGAGAUACUUAGAGAUGGCCUUUUUUGGAUAUUGAGAUAGAGAAAUAGCCUUGUAUAUCAUAAAGAGAUAGAGAGAUGGCCUUUUUGGGUACUGAGAUAUUUAGAGAUGGCCUUGUCAAUCAUAAAGAGAUAGAUGGCCCCUUUGGAUACUGAGAUACCUAGAGAUGGCCUUGUCAAUGGUGGCCUGGUCAAGCUUCAGUUCCUGCAUGUUUUUUGAUCUCUGGUUAUCUUUACAAAUGUAGAAUGACUCAUUGAUUUCUAGUCGUGGUGAUGCCCAUAGACAGCAACACACACACACACACACACACACACACACACACACACACACACACACACACACACAUGUAAACAACUGCCUCAAAAUUUGACUAACACUACUCACUAGUAAACACCUGUCUCACACAACUGACUAACAGUACACACCUGUCUUAUACUACACACCUGACUAACACUACACACCUGUCUUACACUACACAACUAACACAACACACCUGUCUUACACUACAUACCUGACUAACACAACACAUCUGUCUCACACACCUGACUAACACAACACGUCACAAUUUAGUAACUUCAUAAUGUCUUCCUUAUUUCUCAAAAGAAAGUUAAUAUCCAAAAAUGUUUUAAUAAGUCAUAUAUAUAUAUUUUUUUCUUUUGAAUUAAAUGUAUCAAGAUUAUUAAUAAUUUAUGACUUACGACAUUUAUUAAAACUUGCAAGACAAUUAAUAUUCUAUAAAAAAAAAUUGAAUAUAUUUUGUUGUCUGUGUGAGUAUUUGUAUAUGAGUUGUGGGCGGGGGAAUAUGGGCGGCGUGUAUGUGUGUAUGGGUGGUUACCUAACCCAACACCUACACACACACACAUAUACACCCACUACGCCCACACGCCCACCUGAAGUGUCAAAACAAAAGCCACACUUGUAGAUUAUCGAAAAAAAAAUUAUGAUAAAAAAGAGAUGUAUCAGUGAAGCCAGCCAACCCCAGCGGCCGACAGCUCUCAAACUAGGAGGUGACACGUGUGUUAAAAGUACAAUGGCACUGCCUUAACAUAAAUGAUUAUUAGUUAGAUUAAUAUUCAGAUCGGCUGUGACCACUUAAGGUAACCCCCCCUUAAGUGUACGCUAAGUGAUAUAUAUUUAUAGAUACAUUAUAUGACUUGGGUUGUGGUCUACACUCAAAUUCUCAAACCUCUUAGGAUAUUUCUUGUGAUACAGACAUGCUCAGUCGUUACAGUAGAGAGAGAGAGAGAGAGAGAGAGACCAGCAGUGUUUUAGAUUCUUUGUAACUCAUUUUGUAACACCCACUGUAUCACUAUGGCCUUACCUGAUGCUGCCUCACCUGUAUAUCAACACCUGGGUACACCUGUAUUCUUAGGUCCUGGUACAGUACAUAUGUCUUUAUAUCUUAUUAUAAAUGCCAAGUAACUCUCAAUCACCUUUCAUUAUACCUGAACACCUGCCCACAUUACCACCACUAUGUGCCCACACUACCUCCUCGUGCUACCACUAUCCCCCCGUGCCCCCCCCCCCCACCCACCCACCCCCGCCCACGUAAGGGUGAGGGCGGCGGGGAGGGAAGUAGAGUACAUAUAUUCAAUUAUUAAUGGGUUGGUAAAACGAUGGUGGGGGAUGGGCCAGCCUCACCCCACAGUAUUGAUUAACACAGGACACGGCACGCGAGGGGCCUGGCCGACCCCCACACACACACACACACACACACACACACUACCACAAGGAUACCGUCAGUAGUAAAACACACACACACACAACACCAGGGUGUGGGUUUCUCCAGAUGAGGAACUUGACAAUAUGAGGGUGUAGACCGCAGGUGUAGGCCGCAGGUGUAGGUGUAGGCUUCAGGUGUAGGCCACAGUGAGAAAGUGGGCGACAAGGCUCAAGAAGAGUAGACCGGGUGCUGGCCGGCUUCACUUGAUGGGUGGUGGUGAUGGGCGUGACACCCCGCCCACACUUGGUGGACUAUGGUAGCCCCUCACACCUGGUGGGGACUAUGGUAGCCCCUCACUCGUGGUGGAGGACUAUGGUAGCCCCUCACACUGGUGGGAGACUAUGGUAACCUACAAGUAGUGGGGGACUAUGGUAGCCCCUCACUCGUGUUAGAGACUAUGGUAGCCCCCACACCUGGUGGGGACUAUGGUAGCCCCUCACCGUGUUGGAGACUAUGGUAGCCCCACUCGUGGUGGAGGACUAUGGUAGCCCUCACACCUGGUGGGAGACUGGUAGCCCUUACAAGUAGUGGGGGGACUAUGGUAGCCCUCACUGUGUUAGGAGACUAUGAGCCCCUCACUCGUGUUAGGAGACUAUGGUAGCCCCUCACUCGUGUUAGGAGACUAUGGUAGCCCCUCACACCUGGUGGGGAGACUAUGGUAGCCCCUCACACCUGGUGGGGGGACUAUGGUAGCCCCUCACCCACCAUAAUUAGCUGUGAUCUUCCUCACCCUGGACGACCAAACGGUUAUGGUAAUGAACGAUAUAAGAGAAAUAAAUUAAUCCAUUAGACCAGCGUGUGAUGGUGCACCGUGUUGGCCGUGCAGCGUCACACCUACAGUACUUAUAUAACACGCCGCUUGUUCUAUAAAGCUGUGAAUGAACAACAAUAACAACAACGCCAAAGAUAUUUUCAAUAAUAAAAGAUAACAAAGAUAUUAAAUGAAAUAGAUAAACUCUCGGCAGUAAUAUGGCUUUAUGAUGAGGCAAAUGGUGUGUGAUUUAUAUAGAUAUAUUGUGUAUAUAUUUAUUAUAUGUAAAUAUAUGUAAGUAAUGUCAAAAAUAAGGAGCAAUAAAAAAAUCAAGUGUCGA